ACGUCAUGAGGUGGGGACGUGGCUCGCCUCUUAUUCCAUCGCCAUCUCCCGUCUUCUUUUCUUCAACACUACACAAAAAUCACAAUGCCCUCCCAACUCGAAGCCCUCAAAGCGUGAGCACCCCCAGCCUGCCCCCGGGAGCCGUACUGACCAAGCUGCCUCCCGCCCCUCUACCUCUUCUCGACCACCUCGCUUCUGCAAUCUCUUGACACAUUAGCUCCGGCACCACCGUCGUCUCUGACACUGGUGACUUCAAGUCCAUUGACGAGUUCAAACCCCAGGAUGCCACCACCAACCCCUCCCUCAUCUUGGCCGCUACCAAGGACCCCAAGUAUGCCGCUCUCAUCGAGCCCGCUGUGGAGUUUGCCAAGUCCAAGGGCGGUUCCAUCGAGGUCCAGACCGAGAACGCCAUGGACCGACUCCUCGUCGAGUUUGGUACCGAGAUUUUGAAGAUCGUUCCCGGCCGUGUCUCCACCGAGGUCGACGCCGCUUUCUCUUUCAACACCCAGGACACCAUCAACAAGGCCCACCAGAUCAUUGACCUCUAUAAGGAGCAGGGUGUCGACAAGGAGCGAGUCCUCAUCAAGAUUGCCUCCACCUACGAGGGUAUCCUCGCUGCCAAGCAGCUCGAGUCUGAGGGUAUCCACUGCAACUUGACCCUCUUGUUCGGUUUCGGCCAGGCCGUUGCCUGUGCCGAGGCUGGCGUCACCCUCAUCUCCCCCUUCGUUGGCCGAAUCCUCGACUGGCACAAGAAGAACUCUCCUGACGCCGACUUCUCUGGCGCCAAGGACCCCGGAGUUGUUUCCGUCACCAAGAUCUUCAACUACUACAAGCAGCACGGCUACAAGACCAUCGUCAUGGGCGCCUCUUUCCGAAACACUGGCGAGAUCGCCGCCCUCGCCGGUUGCGACUUCCUCACCAUCGCCCCCAAGCUCCUCUCCGAGCUCGCCGCCUCUCAAGACGCCCUCCCCAAGGUCCUCGACGCCAACAAGGUCACCGAGAAGAUUGAGAAGGUGUCGUACCUCAACGACGAGGCCAAGUUUAGGUGGGAGCUGUUUGACGAUGUGAUGGCGUUUGACAAGCUGCACGAGGGUAUCAGGGGUUUCGCCAAGGAUGGCCAGACUUUGAAGGACAUCCUCAAGGCCAAGCUCCAGUAAGCGUUUGGAUUUUUGUCGGAAACUUGUGUAGCGUAUGAAGACAGCAGACUAGAUGGAUUUCAUGUAUCCUUGUGGAUCUUAUCAGCCGGGUCCCACCGCAUUUCUC